AUGAGUCAGAUUAAUGCACGAGUUGCGAUAACCGAGGAUCCGUUGGGGGUGCUGCGCUCAUGGAAUGACACUGUCCACUUCUGCAAGUGGUAUGGUGUUGCAUGUAGUCUCCGGCACCAACGAGUCACUGGGUUGGACCUUCAAUCCAAGAACCUCUCAGGGUCCAUCUCUCCACACAUUGGAAACUUGAGUUUCCUUAGGGAAUUGAAUCUCAGGAACAAUAAUUUUAGUGGUGAAAUCCCUACACAAGCAGGGCAGUUAGGCAGGCUACUUAUCUUUUUUGUUGAUAAUAAUUCUUUGGCGGGUGAAAUCCCGAAGAAUCUGUCGAGUUGCUCCAGCCUUACUUUCCUUGGGUUGGGGGGCAACCAACUUGCUGGACGAAUUCCCAUCGAGCUCGGUGUGCUGUCGAAGCUUCGGCUCCUCCAGGUAAGUUUAAACAAUCUAAUGGGAAAUAUUCCAGCAUCCUUUGGGAACUUGUCUUCGUUAGAAAAACUCUAUCUUCCUCUCAACAACUUAAGGGGAAGUAUUCCCGAAGCUCUAGGAGAUUUGAUCAGAAUAAGAAAGAUUUCUUUGGGAGGAAACUGGCUGUCCGGUUCAAUUCCUUGUGCAAUCCUGAAUUGCACAUCCCUGGCGGAGUUGGACGUGACGGUAAAUCAACUGCAAGGAAGUCUCCCAGCAGACAUAGGCUUCACACUUCCCAACCUCGAAAUUUUCAGGAUAUCCUUUAACCAGUUCACCGGACCAAUUCCUCCCUCGAUAUCUAAUGCCACAAAUCUAGUAGAUCUCCAAAUUUCGAUAAACAAUCUUUCAGGGGGCGUGCCUUCUUUGGAAAAUCUGCACAAGCUUCAGAGGUUUUUAGUUUCCGCCAAUCAUCUUGGAAGUGGAGGACCCCACGACCUAAGCUUCCUUUGCUCUUUGGGAAAUGCCACUGGGUUGAAAUGGUUGAGGAUAGACGACAACAGUUUCGGUGGGAUUAUGCCCGAUUGCCUCAGUAAUUUUUCGACGACCCUCACUAAGUUGAAUAGAGGCGGGAAUCCUACUUUUGGGGAGAUGCCUAGAGAGAUUGGAAACCUGGUGAAUUUGGGAAGCCUAUAUAUGCAUUCCAACGGGCUUUCGGGUGGCGUCCCCUCCAAUAUAGGGAACCUUCGAAAUCUAGUUGAGCUGAGCUUGGACAAUAACAAACUUUCUGGGGAUAACUUCUUUCACGAUUCCAUUCCCCAAUCUAUUAGUUCAUUAAGAAGCAUCGAGGAACUAGAUCUUUCGCAUAACAACUUAUCGGGUGAAAUUCCUAAAUUCUUGGAGGCGUUCAACUUCCUGAGAAUUUUGAAUUUGUCUUAUAACGAUUUUGAAGGGAUGCUACCAAUCAAAGGAAUCUUUAAGAACACGAACGCCACUUCUGUGAUCAAAAAUGACAAGCUCUAUGGAGGAAUGCCCAAAUUUCAGCUCCCUAAAUGUCGUUUUGGUGCUUCCCAAACAAAGAAGUUUGUCCGUAAAUUGCAACUCCCCAUCUUUAUUUUUCUUGGGUUUCUUGGUGUAGCUCUUGUUCUAGCUUCUCUGUAUCUUUAUCGGCUGAAAAGGAAGAGGAAGGAAUCAGUUUCCACUUCAAGUUUGAAUGUGUCUUAUAGAACAAUUGUGCAAGCGACAAACAAUUUCUCUUUAGAAAAAUCGAUUGGUGUUGGUGGUUUUGGAUUUGUUUACAAGGGGAUACUUCAUGAGAAUGGGAACAUAGUUGCCAUAAAGGUGCUGAAUUUACUGCACUGCGGCGCUUUGAAGAGCUUCAUAGACGAGUCCGAGGCUUUUAGGAACAUCAGACACCGCAAUCUUUUGAAGGUACUCACGGUAUGCUCAGGUAUUGAUUAUCGGGGUAAUGAUUUUAAGGCUUUAGUUUAUGAAUACAUGGUCAAUGAAAGCCUAGAAGAUUGGCUGCACAGGCAAGAUGAGGGAAACGGCUAUACGAAAAAAUUGAAUUUUGUUCAGAGGAUAAAUGUUGCUAUUGAUGUUGCUUCUGCGUUAGAUUAUCUUCAUCACCAAUGCCAAAGACCCAUGGUUCAUUGUGAUCUAAAGCCUUAAAAUGUCCUCUUGGAUGCUGAGAUAGUUGGACAUGUUGGCGACUUUGGUUUAGCAAAAUUUCUCCUCAAUACCUCCUCUAAUGCUUCAGCCAAUCAGAUGAGUUCUGCUGGUGUAAGAGGAACAGUUGGUUAUGCUGCUCCUGAGUAUGCAAUGGGAAGAGAUGUUUCAAGAGAAGGAGAUGUCUAUAGUUAUGGCGUCCUCCUACUAGAGAUGUUCAUAGGAUUGAGCCCAACAAACGAGAUGUUCAAGGACAACUAUAGUAUUCGCAAUUUUGUUGCAGAAACUGUGCCUGGACGAGUCUUGGAGAUUACUGAUGACAUUCUUCUGCAAGAAAGAGAGGGCUGUAUGAGCCCCGGUGGUCCUCUGUAUGGGCAUUGCGAGACAAAAGACAUAAUUCAAGAGAGUUUGGCGAUAUUAUAUGAAAUUGGACUUGCUUGCUCCGUUGUGGCGCCUAGAGAACGGGUGAGUAUCACCGAAGUUGCAGUUCAGCUGCGUUUGAUCAGGAACAAACUCUACGCAUCUGGUUUGCAUGGAUAA